AUGGCAGCCGUCCAAUUGGGAGCUCAGCGGCCGGCGGCUGGUGGGGAUCUGGUGGGGGAAUCGAAAAAGGGGAAGAAGCGGCUAGAGCAUCGUAUACACGUUCAAUCGAAGGAUAUUCGGACGGGGAUGACGAUUGGGCGUGGCACUGAAUACCAUGGGUUAUAUUAUGUGGACGAGGGAUUCGUAAAGGCCUUGAAAUUGAUGGAGGACAUGAAUCGGGAGUUGAAGUUGAAUCGGGAGGAGUUGCUAAAUGAGAAGAUAGCUUAUUUUAGUGGCUUUGCUAACGCUUUCAAGGAUAAAAUCCAUACUGAUAUUCUACUCACGCCCGGUGACAACGAGCCCCCGAUACCCGUCCAUCGAGCAUUAUUGGCAACGAGAUCGGCAAUAUUUCGAAACAUGUUGGAUUCAGACAAAUGCAAAGCUCCGGCGAAUCAAACGAUAACGCUACCGGAGCUGAAUCACGAGGAACUAGAAGCCCUACUCGAGUUCUUGUACAGUGGAAGCCUUCCAAAAGAGAAGAUGAAGAAACACGUUGUCUCGUUAGCGAUGGCUGCCGACAAAUACGAGAUCCCUUUCCUGCAGAAGUUUUGUGAAGAGGAGAUGCUUGGAUCAUUGAAUUCAUCCAAUGCUCUUGAUACCUUGGAAAUAUCCCACACUUGCUCCAACCAAAACCUUAAAGAAAAAGUCUUAAGCUUCAUUGUAAGAAACCUGGAUGAUAUACUUUUCGCACCCAUCUUUGAUGCCUUCGCGCUCAAGAAUCCUCAUUUAGUUACACAGAUCACAAGAGAAUCCUUCACAGCUAGUAAAAAACGAAAGAGUGAUGUUUUGGUUUGA